UCCCAAAUAGUCAUAAAGCUCGGAGAGUUUUUGUUUGCUAUAAAUUGAUCCUUCGCAGGAGGCAUAAAAACCAUUGUCAAUGAUGUCUCCCUUCUUUCAAAAUAUGUUUGUCCAGCAGCUGCACCCUCAGGAAUUUUAGGUGUCUUUGAGUACACAACAUGAAUUUACAGGAGAAUUUUGACAACAACAUGAUUUUUGUGGAGAACUAAGACGACAACAAGGUGUUUCUGGACAACGGAGACCUAUGGAUUUACUGGGGAAUACAGAUCGUCUGGAAGAUGAUUUGUGGGAAGCCGAGCGAAUUUACUUUCGGCACUCUGAUCUCAACUAUCCACCUCCGAUUCAGAACAAUAUGCCUCUCCAUCGCAUGUACUUUCCUUGUCAUCCUCUUAAUUUUCAAGCUGAAGUGUAUGGACUGACUAGACAACAUCAAACUACACAAGAUGUUGAGGUCAUUGAUGAUGAUAUUGCUAUAAUCUCGCCCAGCAUGUUUGACCAACAGGCCAGGAAGAAAGCUAGGAGAAAUACUGAUGCAACAAGGGAAAACAUAAAUAUCGUCAAUCAGGCUAGGAGUGUGCUCCAAUUCCAUGGAUUGCUGUCCCAGCCUGUGUCAUCACCCCAAUUACCCGGAUUGUGUCAAACUAUGCCACCACCCCAAUUCCCUGGAUUUUCUCAGACGGAACCACCAGCCCAAGUUUCUGGAUUGUCCCAGGCCGUGCCACCACUAGCGGCACCUGCGUUUCGUUGCCCAAUUUGUAUGGAUGAGUUACAAGACGCAACAUCAACAAAAUGUGGUCAUAUUUUCUGCAAGAACUGCAUUAAAAAAGCACUAGCUGUUCAGAAGAAGUGCCCUACUUGCAGGAUGAAAUGCAGAGCGAAAUCCAUCUACAGGAUCUUUCUUCCCACAGUCCUAUAAAAAUUCCUUGAUUUGUAUGCUUGAACUUUUAUGUAGUUUAAGAGACUAUACUAUAUAUCUUUCUUUUUCUGUUGUAAUAUCACUAG